CCGAAUCCAUUACAUAUCUCCAGACAAAACCCUACUUAGAACUUAGAAGCGGCGGCCGCAGCAUCAGAGAGAAAGAGAAGAAGAACCCGCCCGUAGCGUCGGACAAGCUCCUCGUCGCAGCCGCAUCUGCUCUCCGUUGACAGCCAUGAAGUUCAACAUCGCGAACCCCACCACCGGGUGCCAGAAGAAGCUGGAAAUCGAUGACGAUCAGAAGCUGCGUGCCUUCUUUGACAAGAGGAUCUCCCAGGAAGUCAGUGGUGAUGCACUUGGAGAGGAAUUUAAGGGCUAUGUGUUCAAAAUCAUGGGAGGUUGCGACAAGCAGGGUUUCCCCAUGAAGCAGGGUGUCCUGAACCCUGGCCGUGUCCGCCUUCUGCUUACCCGAGGAACCCCAUGCUUCCGUGGAUAUGGAAGGCGCAAUGGGGAGCGCCGAAGGAAGUCUGUGCGUGGUUGCAUUGUUAGCCAGGACCUUUCUGUUCUCAACUUGGUCAUCGUGAAGAAAGGUGAGAGUGAUCUCCCCGGGCUGACCGAUACAGAGAAGCCCAGAAUGAGAGGACCAAAGAGGGCCUCCAAGAUCCGCAAGCUCUUCAAUCUCUCCAAAGAUGAUGAUGUCAGGAAGUAUGUCAACACCUACCGACGAACUUUCACCCGAAAGAAUGGUAAGGAAGCGAGCAAGGCUCCUAAAAUUCAGAGGCUGGUGACUCCAUUGACCCUGCAGAGGAAGAGGGCAAGGCUUGCUGAGAAGAAGAAGAGAGUCGCAAAGGCCAAUGCUGAUGCUGCCGAGUACCAGAAGCUCCUUGCUUCGAGAUUGAAAGAGCAGAGAGAUCGUCGCAGCGAGAGCUUGGCCAAAAAGAGGUCCAGGUUGUCUGCUGCUUCCAAGCCUUCUGUGGUAGCUUAAGACUGAGUGGUUAUUUCUCUGUGUUGCUGAAUGUUUGUCGCUGUCCUCGAGUUGAAAGUUCCUAAAUUUUGAAUGUUAAGUUCCAGAUCAACUGUCUGUACCCAACAGUUUUUGUUAUGAUCAGCAGGUGUGAGACUGUUGCUACAUUUCUCUUGAAGAUGCCUGCUGAUUUUCGUUAUUUCCUUUUCUUUUCUUUUGCGUUUUCUUUCUAAGGAUCCCUAGUAGAUCUCGGAUUCAGCUUCGACCAUCUACCACGCUUUCUAGGCCGUUUUUUCUUAAUGUCAUCCAAAUGAUCAUUUUUCGCG